AUGACAGGCCACCUAAAACGCAAGCGCUCUCGGGUCGCCUGCAUGCCAUGUCGAGAACGGAAGCGCAAAUGCGACGGCGGGAACCCGUGCGCCACCUGCCUCGACUGGGGCUACGAGUGCUACCACGGUGCGCUCCCUAGUCAACAGAAGAAACAGCAACAGCAACAGCAGCAGCAGCAGCAGAAGAAUCCAGCCAUCCUGCCUAGUUCCGCUUCUCCGGGCAAAUCAUCCGAUACGGUCUAUAGCGUCAACACUACCACCACCGCCACCAACAACAACCACAGCAGCAGCAGCCACCACAACGACGCCCUGGCCAGCCACCGCGUCGGCCCGGACCCGCACCGCAUCACCCGCUCGCUGGAAGCGAAUUCCGGGGCGGCGUUCGUGCGCAAUCUAGGCCUGAAGGUGGACUCCACCAACGCGCCCCGGUUGAACCUGUUCGGAUGGAAUAUUGGCGAGCGCCGGCUCCCGUCCGGCCUGGGGAACGGCACGGCGGUCUCGGCGCUGCCCAUCGUGGAUAUCGUGUCGCUGGAGGGCAUGAAGACGCUGGCGGGCGUCUACUUCGCCAAGGUGGAUCCGUGCUACGGGUUCUUGGAUCCGCGACAGUUCUACGAGCGGCUGGACGAGCGAUGGCGGUCGCCGCUCAGCAGCGGGGUCUACGACAGCGUGUUGGCCGGCGUCGGUGCCCUGGGGUCGCUAUUCUCGCGGCGCAUCAUCGACGUCACUGAAUUGCUGCUGGUCGAGUCGGCGCGCUCUAUCCUCGAGGUCAAUAAUCGCUGUGGUAUGCCCUGUUUUGAUACUGCGACUGGCUGGACCCUUCGCGUCGUGUACAUGCGUAUGACUGCGUCGCCGCACUCGGCGUGGAUCGCCAGCGCGACGCUCAUGCACCUGGUCGAGGCGUUGGGCCUGCAUCUGGAGUCUGCCGGCGAGACGGUCCUCUCGCGCCGCGUGCACUGCAGCAACCCGGACAUUCGUCGCCGGCUGGUCGGCGUCGCCCGCCACCUGAACAUGUGGGUAUCCUACGACUUGGGCCUGUCGCGAGUGAUCUUCUGGAACGACCAAUGUCUGGCGCCGGCGGCGCGGCCGGGUGAUUAUACGACCGAGCUGUUAAGCCUGCUGCCGGUGUCCGCGAGUCUAGGGCCCGAGAAGUCCCCGGACGAUCGCGAUUUGGAGUCCUCGCUGCUCCGCGUCCUCGACGGCAGCCACUCGCAACCACCGUCCGUGAUGGCGCAGUGCAACCUGGCGCUAUGUCUGCUGCGGCGGCUGCUAGUCAUGAACGCGAGCACGUCGUCCGCCGUCAAAGAGCGGGUGCUGGCGCUGUUCCGGAAGGCACUGCAGUGCGCGCGCAGCAUGGCCAUGAACUGCUGUCCCUGGCACCAUAUGGCCAAUGUGCCCUUUCAGAUCAUCGGCGUGCUGCUGGACAUGGACACACGGACGUCGUUGGCUCUGUUGCCCGAGGCCAUGCAGACGCUGAGGUUCGUCGCCUCCACCUACGACACGGAUACCAUGCGCGAGGCGUACAGCACCGCGUGUCUGCUAGUCCGGCUGUAUCAGCGACGUAGACAGGAGGACGUGGAUAUGCUGAGCGGGCUGGUGAGCUCGCAUCAUCAGCCGGAUAUGGAGGCCCCCGUGGAACCGGCGGCGGCGAGUCGAGAGGAAAUCUCGUGGUUGGAGGAUCUGGUGGCGGAGAUGCCCAGUCUGCAGGGGAUUAAUCUGUACGAGACGUUGGAUGAUGAUUUGAUGAAUUUGUUUCCGACCAAUUUGUAA